CAAAACGAAACCAGUAAAUUUUCUUCUUUUAAUAUUCCAAUUCUGCCCCUCUCUCUCUCUCUCUCUCUGGUCUUCUUCGACGUCUGUUCCCAAGUCCAAGCAGCUUCCAGAAGAUUUUCAUUCUUCUUCUCUAAGAAAAAACAGAAAUUAUAAUUCUACUUUCUAGGGUUUAACUUCUUUCUUCUGAACAACUCAAGAGAAGAGAAAUUUCAUCAAAGAAGAAGAAAAAGAUUUUUUGUUUGUGCAAAGAAGAAGAAGAAAGAAGAUCAUGACGACCAUGGAGAGCUUGAUCGGAUUGGUCAACCGUAUUCAGCGGGCGUGUACGGUGCUCGGCGACUAUGGCGGUGGCGACAACGCUUUCUCUUCUCUCUGGGAAGCUCUUCCUUCUGUCGCCGUCGUCGGAGGCCAGAGUUCGGGAAAGUCUUCGGUGUUGGAGAGCAUUGUUGGGCGUGACUUUCUUCCCAGAGGAUCAGGGAUUGUGACGAGGCGGCCCUUGGUGUUGCAGCUUCACAAGACUGAGGAUGGAGAUCAGGAGUAUGCUGAGUUUCUUCACCUUCCCAAGAGGAGAUUAACUGAUUUUUCCAUGGUUCGUAAGGAAAUUCAAGAUGAAACUGAUAGAGUGACUGGGAGGACAAAGCAAAUCUCUCCUGUUCCCAUCCAUCUCAGUAUCUAUUCCCCUAACGUUGUCAACUUAACUCUAAUUGAUUUACCUGGUUUAACAAAAGUUGCUGUUGAGGGGCAGCCUGAGAGUAUCGUUCAAGAUAUUGAAGCCAUGGUUCGGUCUUAUGUCGAGAAGCCUAAUUCUAUCAUUUUAGCAAUUUCUCCGGCCAAUCAAGAUAUUGCGACGUCUGAUGCAAUCAAACUUGCCAGGGAAGUGGAUCCUAGCGGUGAUCGGACCUUUGGAGUGCUGACAAAGCUUGAUUUGAUGGACAAAGGAACAAAUGCAUUGGAUGUUCUUGAAGGAAAAUCUUAUAGGUUGCAACAUCCUUGGGUUGGAAUUGUGAAUCGUUCACAAGCUGAUAUCAAUAAAAAUGUUGACAUGAUUGUCGCAAGGCGCAAGGAGAGAGAGUACUUUGCAACCAGUCCCGACUAUGGGCACUUGGCUAGUAAAAUGGGUUCAGAAUACCUUGCAAAACUUCUCUCGAAGCACCUGGAGUCUGUAAUUAGAGCUAGGAUACCAAGCAUUACAUCUUUGAUUAACAAAAGCAUUGAUGAACUUGAAUCCGAGAUGGACCAUCUUGGUAGGCCUAUUGCUGUUGAUGCUGGGGCUCAAUUGUACACUAUAUUGGAACUUUGCCGUGCAUUUGAUCGGAUUUUCAAGGAGCACUUGGAUGGAGGACGGCCUGGUGGUGAUCGAAUUUAUGGGGUCUUUGACAACCAGCUUCCUGCUGCGUUGAGAAAGCUUCCAUUUGAUCGGCAUCUUUCUCUGCAGAAUGUAAGAAAAGUGGUUUCUGAGGCGGAUGGUUAUCAGCCACAUUUGAUUGCCCCGGAGCAAGGUUACAGGCGCCUAAUUGAGGGAGCCCUUAACUAUUUUAGGGGCCCAGCUGAGGCUUCUGUGGAUGCUGUUCACUUUGUGUUGAAAGAGCUUGUGAGGAAGUCAAUAGGAGAAACUAAGGAAUUGAAGCGUUUUCCAACUCUUCAAGCUGAAAUAGCUGCUGCUUCUAAUGAGGCCUUGGAAAGAUUUCGUGAAGACGGUCGGAAGACAGUAGUUAGAUUGGUUGACAUGGAAUCUUCAUAUUUGACUGUGGAAUUCUUCAGGAGACUUCCACAAGAAGUUGAGAAAGGAGGAAACCCAGCUGCCGCUGCCACAAACCCCGACCGAUACUCGGAGGGCCACUUCAGGAGGAUAGGAUCAAACGUGUCCUCGUAUGUGGGAAUGGUGUCUGAGACGCUGAAAAACACAAUUCCUAAAGCUGUGGUAUAUUGUCAAGUCAGGGAAGCUAAACAAUCAUUGCUAAACCACUUCUACACACAAUUAGGGAAGAAGGAGGCUAAGCAGCUUUUACAAUUGUUGGAUGAAGACCCGGCUUUGAUGGAGAGGAGACAACAAUGUGCAAAAAGGCUGGAGUUAUACAAGGCAGCCAGAGAUGAGGUUGACUCUGUAUCAUGGGCACGCUAAGAUUGAUUAGUGUUUUGGAGAUGGCUCUUGUAUUAUACAUUACUUGCCACUACAGAUGUUCCAGGUUCUCCUUAGCUGAUUGACUUAUUUGGGGUUGAGCCUUUUUUUUUAUUUAUUAUUAUUAUUUUAUUGUCUAGCAAUGUCUCGUGCUUUUGGGAUGGGAUUGCUGGAUUCUUAUUGUAUUUAAUGGGUAUUCGUUAGCAUGUCAUUUACAGUAUGUAACUUUUUUAGUGUGUUAUAUAGCCUAUUAGAUA